ACAGUUUUACAGAGGUCUCUUUAACAGUGGUAGUCCAUGAGGAAAAUGCUUUUUGAACCGCACAGGGAUUUUUCGCUGCAAUACCACGAGUGGCCACUGGAAAAAUUGGCUGCAAGGCUGAAACACGGAGGUGAUAAAAAAUGGCAAAGACACACAGUCCGUCAGAGAGGAGAGCUGUUGGAGGUAAACGACAGGGAGCCCUACAAGAGCGGAAUGGAGGAGAACCAGAACCUGGAGCACCGCACCGACAUCUCCGUUAAAAGGGAAGAAUUAGGCUCACCUUCUGCUAUCACCGAUAAACAGAAACAAACAAGAAAAAAGGGACUCAAACAUCACUGCUGUCAGCACUGUGAAAAAGCCUUCACGACAUCAGGAUAUUUAAAGAUUCAUCAGAAAGUUCACACAGGAAAAAAUCUUCACAGCUGUGAACAGUGUGGGAAAACUUUCACUAAAGACAUUAAUCUAAAAAUCCACAAACGUAUUCACACUGGAGAGAAGCCGUACAUCUGUGACCAGUGUGGGAGAGCUUUCACUAGAUGCAGUAAUCUUAAAAUCCACCAACGCAUUCACACUGGAGAGAAGCCGUACAGCUGUGAGCAGUGUGGGAAAACUUUCACUCAAGACAGUAGUCUAAAAAGCCACCAACGUUUUCACACUGGAGAGAAGCCGUACUGGUGUGAGCAGUGUGGGAGAGCUUUCACUACAGACAGUAGUCUAAAAACCCACCAACGCAUUCACACUGGAGAGAAGCCGUACAGCUGUGACCAAUGUGGGAGAGCUUUCACUACAGGCAGUAGUCUAAAAACCCACCAACGCAUUCACACUGGAGAGAAGCCAUACUGGUGUGAACAGUGUGGGAAAACUUUCACUACAGACAGUACUUUAAAAAGCCACCAACGCAUUCACACUGGAGAGAAGCCGUACAGCUGUGAGGAGUGUGGGAAAACUUUCACUGAAGACAGUAAUCUAAAAGUCCACCAACGCAUUCACACUGGAGAGAAGCCGUACAGGUGUGAGCAGUGUGGGAAAACUUUCACUACAGACAGAAAUGUAAAAAUCCACCAACGCAUUCACACUGGAGAGAGGCCUUACAGCUGUGAGCAAUGUGGGAAAACUUUCACCAGAGACAGUAAUCUGAAAAGUCACCAACGCAUUCACACUGGAGAAAAGCCGUACAGCUGUGAGCAGUGUGGGAAAACGUUCACUCAAGACAGUACUCUAAAAAGCCACCAACGCAUUCACACUGGAGAGAAGCCGUACUGGUGUGAGCAGUGUGGGAGAACUUUCACUCAAGACAGUGCACUAAAAAGCCACCAACACACUCACACUGGAGAGAAGCCAUACUGGUGUGAGCAAUGUGGGAAAACUUUCACUCAAGAAAGUAAUCUAAAAAUCCACAAACGCAUUCACACUGGAGAGAAGCCGUACAGGUGUGAGCAGUGUGGGAAAACUUUUACUUGGGCCAGUUCCUUAAAAAUCCACCAACGCAGUCACUCAGCAUUGUGUUGAACAUGUUUUAGAGGCAUGUGAGCGAUGUCCCUCUGCCUCCUCUCCAUGCCUUUAAUAACAGCGUUGUUCUAUCCUGAGCUUCUCUACAAACUGAGGGCUGCCAACUGUAAGUUUAGAAUCAACAUGUAUGCCCUUAGUGGCUCACCUGACCAAAUUUUAAGCUCAGUGAUUGGUCGUAGUUCAUUUCUACCCUUAAAGUUUUGUUUUACAGUUUCAUGUUCAUCCAAGUCGUAGAAGUGCACAAAGUGUGAGCGAUGUAACACUGUCAAUGGGAAAAAAUGAAAAGCAUUUAAAGAAA